UCAUUUGUAAUCAGACCUCAGUUUCACAGCUCUCACUUCCUGUCAAGUGAGGCAAGAGAAGGUUCUGUAUAAUACCAGACUAGGGCCUCGCAGACUUCUACAGUGGCUGCUUUCUGGGAUUCACGUACAGCAAACUAAGGAGACCUCUUCUAGCUGAGACACACCAACUCAUAUAGGCAUUCUGCUUUUUGUGAACUUGGAGCAGGUUAAUGAAGGCCAGGAUUCUAGGGUUAAAUCCUGUGUAGGCUCUGCUCAUUCCAGACAUUCUCCAGCUGAGUACUAAAAGGGAAAUGGUUCUAUUGAAAAAUGAUCGCAGAACUCCCUGUGUUGAUACUGCGGCAGAUAUGAAAGAAAAGUGAGAGAGGUUGAGGGAGAAAGCAGCAUGAGAAGUAGCGAAACUUGGACUGCCAGGGUGCUUCCUGAAGGCAGCUGAAAUGGAGGAAGACCAGGAGGAUGGUGAGACAAAAACUGUACCGUUAAUACAAAAACAGUGUUAAUUUGCUGCUGAGAGCGGUGGAGGCAGCCAGUCGUUGUAGGUGCCAGUUGUGAUGUGAGAUAGCGCUGCCAUCAGGGGGCAGUGUGUGUGUGUGUGUGUAUAUGUGUGUGUGUGUGUUAUGCAUCCCAUAAGCAUUCAGCCAGAACAAUGUCACCCUGCCAGAUCUGUACAGUACUAAAGGGAAUUCAGGGGAACUGUGUGUGUGUUAAAACACUGUGAGCAUGAGUACAAAAUGCUGUGAGAGCAAGAGAGAGAGAGCGAGAGAGAGCGCGAGAGUGAAGGGGAAAUGGAACAUACUGUGACUAUGAGAAUGUGAAAGUUGAACACACGAGACACUAAUGUCCAAUUAACAGCCCACAUUAGAAUGAGUUAGCAUGUUUGUAUGUACACUGAACAAAAUAUAAAUGCAACAUGCAAAAUACCCCAGAAAUGUUCCAUAAGCACAAAAUGCUUAUUUCUCUCAAAUUUUGUGCACAAAUUUGUUUACAUCUCUGUUAGUGAGCAUUUAUCUUCAGAAACAUGUGUGCUAUGUUCCUGAAUGUCAACUUCUGUCUGCAACUGCACUAAUAAAGUUUUUUUAAUGAUUUAAUUAAAAAUAUUGUCAUAAUGCUAAUUACACCAAUGAGCCAAUGAUUGACAAGUACCAAGGAACGAACCCUAACAGGGUGAGUGGUUUGCUGAUGUCAACGUUGUGAACAGAGUGCCCCAUGGUGGUGGUGGGGUUAUGGUAUGGGCAGGCAUAAGCUAUGGACAAGGAACAAUUAUAUUUUAUCGGUGGCAAUUUGAAUGCAGAGAGAUACCGUGAGGAGAUCCUGAGGCCCAUUGUUGUGCCAUUCAUCCGCCGCCAUCACCUCAUGUUUCAGCAUGAUAUUGCACGCCGCCAUCACCUCAUGUUUCAGCAUGAUAUUGCACGCCGCCAUCACCUCAUGUUUCAGCAUGAUAUUGCACGCCGCCAUUCCUCCCUGGCCUGCAUACUCACCAGUCAUGUCACCCAUUGAACAUGUUGGGAUGCUCUAGAUCGACGUGUACGACAGCAUGUUACAGUUACAGAAACGUCACACAGCCAUUAAAGAGUGGGACAACAUUCCACAGGCCACAAUUAACAGCCUGAUCAACUCUGUGAAGGAGAUGUGUCGCAUGGCAUGAGGCAAAUUGUGGUUACACCAGAUACGGACUGGUUUUCUGAUCCACACUCCUACCUUUUUUAAGGUAUCUGUGAGCAGAUGGAUAUCUGUAUUCCCAGUCAUGUGAAAUACAUAGAUUUGGGCCUAAUUUAUUUAUUUCAAAUUGACUGGUUUCCUAAUAUGAACUAACUCAGUAAAAUCUUUGAAAUUGUUGUUUAUAUUUUUGUUCAGUAUACUGUAUGUGUAUAAAAAAGAGUAAGAGGAGAAGGGAUAAUGGAGAAAUAAUUGCUUUUAUCAAGUGAGCGGGAUCCUGAUUCUAAAAAGAUUGGAGUCAGCACAGUCCCCCCACCCCCUGCUCUCCCCCGUCUCAUCAUCAGCAGAGGGGGCAGGCACUGUGCUGCAAUCCUCCUCUCUCUCUCCUUCAGACCGCUCUUUCCCUGAGUGCAUCAGGAGCCUGCAGAGGAGCGGUGGAGGAUGACUGGCGCUAUCAGGGGCACCCUGCUCUGGCAUGCUUGGAGGAUGCCACAAACCAGGAGAGGAUUUUGAGACUGAGCGAGAGAGCCUGUCAACCCCUGGCCAACGCCAACACAGCACGAGAGAGAGAGAGACAGCGAGAGGGGGGGGUCCACCUUUACCAGAGAAGGAAGAAGAGCAAGGGAGAAAAAAAUAACCAGCUGCUCUGAAAAAAAGAGGGGGGAGCAAGUGAGAGGGCUGGCCGAGGGAAGGAGAGAGGACGAAAAGAGCAAGAUGACGGAGUGAAGCGAUGGAGAGGAUCAGAUGUGUGUGAAUGAGUGAUGGUCUUGACGAAGAUCCAUACAGGAUCAAAACUGUGUCCUUCCAUUUAGCCCUCAUUAUGCUCCCCCACGCCCCGUUGGCCUGCCUCUUCCUGCUCCUCCUGUCGGGGGUGCUGGGGGGGCUGGUCCUGUCCAUCUGCCCCGCCGUGUGCUCCUGCAGCCGGGGCCACCGUGUGGUGGACUGCUCCUCACGGCACCUCUCACAGCUGCCCCCAGGCCUGCAGCACAACAUCCGCUUCCUCAACCUCUCACACAACAGCCUUUGUGGUCUGGACGACCAGCUCAGCCACUACGCCCACCUGCGUACCCUGGACCUGUCCUAUAACCUCCUGGGUCGCUUCCCCUCCGGCCUGCCCAGGGCCCUCUGGGACAUCCGGGCUGCUGGCAACCAGCUCCGAGCCCUGGACAAGAACGACACGGCCUACCAUUGGAACCUGCGGGUACUGGACUUGUCAGCCAACGAGCUGGAGAGGGUGGUCUUCAUCAACAACACCCUACCCAGCCUACACGCCCUAAACUUGAGUCACAACCGGUUCUGGACCGUGCCCACCAACAUGCCUCAUAAUCUGGAGAUGGUGGAUUUGGCCCACAACUACCUAGUUCAGAUCCUCCUGGGAUCAUUGGACCGGCUGCCCAGGCUGAGGAGGUUCUACCUGCAUGCUAAUCGCUUCUCCUGGGUGCCGGAGGGGGUAUUUGACCGGUUGGAGGGUCUCGAGUUCUUGACACUUGGGGAUAACCCUUGGGCUUGUGAAGAGGAGGAGAACAUCACACGGCUCUUGCUCUGGGCCAAACACACCCGUGCCGCAGUGUUGGGCUGCCCCUGCUACACUAGGCCAACAUGUGGGCAAGCCCAUCUGGCUACUCCAGGAGGGGAGUGGCACUUUACGUCCCACACAGAGCCUUCGCUGGGGGCUGAUGCCAGAGAGCUGGGCCGUGGAGGCCUCACACCGGAUAGAGCUGCAGUCGUCACUUCUGGGUACUUGGCUAAGUCUGCGUUGUUGGAGCCUGGGACGCAUGGAGACAGAGGGUCUGCCAACCGCUCGGGGGAUCAGACAUCGUUUGUGUUCAUCUCCACCCCCUUGCACGGCCUCUCCACACGCACAAGCACUACAGGGCAGCCGCACUCCGCCGCCAAGAAGAAAAACACAGGAAGCACACAGAGCAGAAGCCACGGAGUCCACACACCAAUCCUGUAUUCUGUAGUCACCUGGAACCUUCUAGUCACGGUGAUUGCCUUCAAAGCCUUCUAAACCCACCCGUUGUCAGUACUAGAGUCAAGUCUUGAUGGAUUUUGGAGAGGGCUAACCCUAUGUACGUAUGACCCAGAAUGUAAAAGGGAGAGGUUUGUUAUUGUUUUCAUUUUAAAGAACAACUUUCAACUGUUA